UCCCCUCCUCCCUUUGCUGAUGUCAUUCGCUGGCUGAUCAGGCUGAAAGCAGCAGCAGCAGCAGCAGCAGCAGCAGCAGCGGCCCCAACAGCAGCAAGUAGGAGCCACUCGCCCGCCCCCCUGCGAUCAUGGCUGCUGCGAUGGGGAGGCAAAGGCUCUCGCCGGCGGCGUCCAGCUAAUCCGCCAAGGGCGCGAUGGAGCCCAGUAGUCCCGGGGAGCCACCGAAUCUGAUGCAGUUCCUGCGGAAGCUCAAGGAGGUCUUCGAUGUGUGCGAUGAGGAUGCCGAUGGCUUCAUCCGGGUGGAGCAUUUCGUCGCCCUGGGGCUGCAGUUUGGCCAGGGGGAUGAGGUGGAAAAAUUUGCCAAAUACUUGGACCCAAAUGACCUGGGGAAGAUCAACUUCAAAGAUUUCUGCCAUGGAGUGUUUGCUAUGAAAGGCUGUGAAGAGUUAUUGAAGGAUGCGUUGUCUGUUGAAAGCCUUGGGCCUCGGCACUAUGAGACAGAAUAUGUGGAUUACUACUACCAGGGUACUGAAAUCCAAGAUAGUGGCUAUUUGGACAACGAAAGUGCGUACGGUGAAUCAGAUCUCUUUCCUGAUGAAGACAACAUGACCCUGGCCCAGCAGGAAGUCCACCAUGAGUCUGACAUGGACAGUGCCAUUGAAAGUGCCCACAGCUCAGAAGCAUCGGAUGUGUGUAGGAGCGAGGAGAAGGACAGCAUGCUGGGUGGCCUCUUCCUGCCUGGAGAUAAGUCAAGUCCCCUCAACCCUUCUGCGGCAUCUGACCUUUCCACCUAUUCCACUGCCUCCUUAAUCAGUAAUGAAGAACAGUUUGAAGAUUAUGGAGAAGGAGAUGAUGUGGACUUCAGUCCCAGCAGCCCCUGCCCCGACGAUGAAAGCAGAACAAAUGCCUAUUCUGAUCUUGGUUCAUCUGUUUCUUCCAGUGCUGGUCAGACUCCAAGAAAAAUGCGGCAUACUUAUAACAGUGAGCUAUUGGAUGUCUACUGCACCCAGUGCUGCAAGAAAAUCAACCUGCUUAAUGACUUGGAAGCCAGGCUGAAAAACCUGAAAGCGAACAGCCCAAACAGAAAAAUAUCUAGUACAGCUUUUGGAAGACAGCUUUUCCACAACAGCAACUUUAGCAGCAGCAACGGCAGCACAGAGGACUUGUUCAGAGACAGCAUAGAUUCGUGCGACAACGAUAUCACAGAAAAGGUGACUUAUUUAGAGAAAAAAGUGACAGAACUGGAAAAUGAUAGCAUGACAAAUGGCGACCUGAAGAGCAAACUGAAACAGGAGAACACGCACCUAGUUCACAGGGUUCAUGAGCUAGAAGAGCUAUUGAAAGACCAAGAAACAUCAGCUGAGCAGACCCUAGAAGAAGAGAUAAAGAGGCACAGGGAAGCCUACAGCAAGUAUGAAAAAGAGAAGAGCACUGAAAUUGAACUGCUAAACACAAGGGUUCAGCAGCUUGAAGAGGAAAACUGUGAGCUCAAAACCACUGUCUUACGACUGAAAUCACAAAGUGAGAAACUGGAUGAGGAGAGGCAGCGAAUGUCGGACAGAUUAGAAGAUACCAGUCUGCGGCUCAAGGAUGAGAUGGACUUGUAUAAAAGAAUGAUGGACAAACUGAGGCAGAACAGGCUGCAAUUUAACAAGGAAAGGGAAGCUACUCAGGAGCUCAUUGAGGAUUUGCGAAAGGAGCUGGAACACCUGCAGUUGUACAAGCUCGAGUGUGAGCGGCCCGGCCGAGGGAGAAGCUCUUCCUCCAGCUUGAGUGAAUUCAAUGCGAAGACGAGAGAAGUGGAAAUGGAGCAUGAAAUUAAACGGCUCAAGCAGGAGAACCAGAAGCUUCGUGACCAGAACGAUGACCUUAAUGGACAGAUCCUUAGUCUUAGUCUUUAUGAAGCCAAGAAUCUUUUUGCAACACAGACAAAAGCCCAGUCGUUGGCUGCUGAAAUUGAUUCUGCCUCCAGAGACGAGCUCAUGGAAGCCCUUAAAGAACAGGAGGAGAUAAACUACAGAUUGCGCCAAUACAUGGACAAGAUCAUCCUAGCCAUCUUAGACCAUAACCCAUCCAUCCUGGAAAUAAAAAAUUGAAGAUCUGGAGCAGGAAGAGGAACAAGCAGAAACUUGUACCUGAUCAGAUGCCAUUGGAUCCAAAUGUCACUCUGCUACUGUAAAGGAGAUAUAUAUAUAUCUCUCACACAUAUAAGCACGCACUUGCGUGGAUACACAAGGCGUGUUUAUAUGUGGUUUGGUACACUUUGUCUGUGAAUCAUAAUUUGGCUUGGUCAGUUUUUCAUGCACUUUCACCACUUGCGGGGGCGGGCAAAAAAGACUGUUACGGGAUUGUAAUAAAAUAACCAUAUAACUGGAUUUGCACUGUUUUAGAUACUGGACAAAAAAAAUGACACUACCUCUAGAUUCAAGGAUAAAGGAGAAUGGAAACCUAUCUAGUGCCAAUCCUCCUCCUCUUCUUCCUCCCCCACAAACAAUGCUGAGUUCCACAUUUAAUCAGCAGUCCUUCCCUCACCUUCCCAGAAAUGUGUUGCACGUCCAGGUUUAAUUCACUGGUGCUGACUAUGUUGUGUUUAUUUUAUUUUUUAUUUUUUGCUGAAGUUGUGCUACUGAAGCUACAAGAAGAUCAGUGAUGUCUUGCUCCUUCAAAAAGAAUGUAUGUAUUGAUACUAAAGGGAAAAGAGUUUGCUAGAGGAUUGGUAAUUAAUUGUUUUUAAAAAAAACCUAAAAUGUUGCUUCCUUUAAGCAGAAAGCACUUCUUACAAUAUCCAGCCCAAGUGGCUAUGAAUCCUUUAGGAUGGUUGGCAGUCUGUCAUAUUGCACAGAUCCAUGUGUCCAAGCAUGCUCAUGUGCCAGUUUUGCCAAUAUUCUCCUGCGCAGAGGGCUGCAUGAGUACCUACUAAAGGUUGUAUGUUUUUCCAUGGGUAGGGGCCCCAUGCCACCUUCCUGACAAGCAGAAAUCAACAGGCAAAGUGUUUUGCAUCUCAGUCCUGAGAACUGCUUUCUCUGCAGAUUUCUGCUUGUUCCCCAGCCAUUAUAGGUACAAAGCCAUUCAAGGCACAACUUAAUUAAGAAAAAUGGUGUUUGCCCUACAGCUGCUUGACGUAAUGAGCACCCACAAGUUUUCAGAGAUCUGUGCUUCAAAUCAAUGUUCAAAUUUUGUGCUUCAAAUCAAUUUUGCGCUUAUUGGAGAACAACACUUUCAAUCGUUCUCCGACACUUCAGAAAAAGAGCUUGUUUACACACCACAUUUCUUCCGCAUGAUGGCUCUUGAGUUAAGGUUUUUGUGGGCUUCAGGAGACAGUUGCGUGUUUGACUGCUGGGUGAUCCCUCUGGAAAAAUCAGAAGGGCUCAUCUGCCCCAAGCUGCAUGGUUUGGGGAAAACACCUGCUCACUGUCUACCUCCUGAAAGCAUUCUCAGACUCACCCUGGGUCUCUUCUUCUCUUUGCUUUUACUACUUAACUAUAAUCAUCCAUUUGUUAAUAUUGUUUCCAAAGCAAAUCCACGUGAAACGUCCUUCACCAUCACACAAGGCACAUUGUAGGGAAAUUGGUAGCUUGUGCAUAGAUCACAGUGGAAACAUUUUUGGUUUUUCCAAUGAAAAGAUGCCUUGUUUUCACAUAUGACUUUCCUUCAUGGAAUGUCCUUCUCUGUAGGAAAGUGCAUGUGGUAUAUUGCUACAUGCAUGCAACAAUCAGGCACACGUGUACAUGUAGUAAAGUGGGUUUGUGUGAGUGUAAGUGAAAGAAGAGAGUGUGAUCAUCACAUAUAAUGCGCUUCACAGUAAUUCCUACCCCCAAAGUGGCUCACGUGCAGAAAAUGCAUAACGUAUAAAACAGCAGCAAGACUUGAAGGAUGCUUGUAUCUGGUAACACACACUGUAUUUUCCGUCCCUGACUUGAUCACAGCCUGCAGUUCCAAGUUAAAACAUACUUUGUUUUUAAACAUGCACUAAGUAUAAUUUUAAGGCUAGGAACUGUAGCUACAAAAGAAUAAAUUGGAAGAUUUAAACUCUUGGUAGUAAUCAGUUUGAUAUUUUGUCCUAAAACAGCAUUUUAAAAAGAAAAUAUAUGGCCUCGCUCCUCCCAAGC